UUCAUUCAAUCGUAGUGACAUUAUGGCAGUCAAAAUUCAAAUAAUUUUGUAAACAAUCUGCUAUCGGAAUAUUGCAAUUUAGAUAUUUCAAGGUAAAAUGAAUAAUUACCCCUGAUCGUUGUACGACCACAAUAUAAUUAACGAUGUCUGAAGAUAUAAAAGUUACGUUUAUUAUACCGAAUGAUUGUGAAAGUGAGAAUGAAUGCUCGGAGGACAUGCAACUGGCUUUUGUCACAUGUGAGCAGCAUAAAGGCAGUGGUCUUCAUGCCAAAUGGGUGAAGGAGUCCCAAUGGAAGAAAUUCGAAGGACUCUCUAAGAGGGAUGUGUUUGUCCUGUCUGAGUUUGAAGGGGAACUUUGUUUCAAAGAGGCUAAGGAACCUGUGUACCCGGUGGCCAUGAGAGGCUUAGUGGUCACCGCCAGUGGUUUGACUAAAGACAAGAAGGAAAUCAUAAAAAUCAAAGUGCACUGGAUGGGUGGAACAUAUAACACAGUUUUGACAGAUGAAACAACACAUUUAAUAUCUGAUACUGUGUUAUCUGUGAAGUAUGUGAGAUCAGUAGAAAUAGGCAUUCCAGUAAUGUCCGAGACAUGGGUAGACGCGGUAUGGGAGGCAGCCCUUCGCCUAAACGUUAGCGGAGCUUCUUUGGACUUCAACAACUACCGUCUACCACCAUUUGCUAACUUGGAGGUGACCACGUCAGGAAUACCUAAGAGAGACAAGCAGAUGAUAAUGAAGCUAGUCAAUCAGCAUGGUGGCAACUUCUCAGGAGCAUUUCAGAGUGAGACUACCGAUGUGGUGGUAUUGACAAAAGAGGGUGUAGGCAGCGAAAAGUACAAAGCGGCAUUAGAGUACGGCAAAGUGUGUGUUUUACCAUCAUGGGUGAAAGAUUCAGCGGAAAAAGGAGUCGCUUUACCAGUAGCUAAAUACAAAAUAGUAGGAGCGUCUACAUCGUCACCGCUGGCUGAACAUCGGCUGCCUGACAUGAGUUUAAAUUUCUCCAGAAUCACAAAUCUAAGACCACCUAGUAACUUCGUCGACGAGACUAGAUCGGCGGAUGUGUCUACCACGUCUGGGAAAAUAAAGCUAUCGCAAGAAUCACGUAAGGCCAACGACACCUCUAUCGACAAGGAGUUGCAGAUAGAGCUGGACAGUUUCGACAUGAAUGACAUCAAAAAGGCUGGACCUAUAUUUGACGGAUUUUGUAUCUGGCUAGUGAACAUGUCUGGUCGGGCGCGCGAGGUGUGCGCGGCGGCGGUGUCGCGGUGCGGCGGCGUGCGCUACGACGCGCCGCACGCGCGCCUCACGCACGCGCUGCUGGCGAGCGGCGCGGGGGGCGCGGGGGGCGCGGCGGCAGCGCGGGACCUACCGCCGUCUGCGCGGCUCCUGUCGCCGCUGUGGCUGCUGCGGAGCGUCAAGGCUGGCAAGCCGUUGGAUGAGACGCCGUACCUCAUACACACCACCACGUCAACACCAGUGAAGUGCGCACGCAAGCAACCGGCAGAAGCGUCUCCUAUGAGCAAAAAGAACUUGCAGCUCCUUCGCCGGGAACCGCUGGACCUCCCGCCACCAACCGUGGAGGUGGAGCCUGAAGAUGAACUUGUCAACCAUUACUUAAGCCAAGCCGCAGUAGAAAACGUACCGUUAGAUAGAGAGAAAACACCAGAACGAGUUGCUCCUAAUUCCACUACAAACGAACAUCCAGACAUCACGGAAGAUGGUGAAGAUCCUACUGAAGAAAUAGAACAAAUAUUUAGAGGUAUAAAGUUCGUAGUGCAAGGCCUCGACGAGGAGGCGAUUAUCGAGAUCGGCGCGGAGGUGUCGGCGGCGGGGGGCGCGCUGUGCGGGGCGGGGGCGGCGGCGGGGGCGGCGGGGGCCUCGCACGCGCUCGUGCCGCUCGACUUCGACCCCGAGGAGCUGCUCACUGCCAGUGCUGAGCCAGUCACUGUGUUCUGGGUGAAAGACUGCCUCUCCCAACAAGAACUGGUGCCGAUCCAGUACUACCACCGUCCAGUGCGGUUGGCCAGCUGGAGCACCGCGCCGCUGCGAGGCGUGGUGGCCAGUCUCAGCACGUACAGUGGCAUCGAACGAGCAUUCUUGGACGAGCUGGCCAAGCUGCUGGGAGCCACAACCCAGCUUCGCUUCUGCCGUCGCAACACUGCCAAUGCCUUGGCGUCCACGCAUCUGAUAUGUCCCACGCCCGUGGGAGAUAAGUAUACUGGCGCUUUGAAGUGGGGGCUGCCUGCAGUGAAGGCGUCGUGGUUGAUGGCUUGCGCCAAGGAGGGGAAGAGAGUGAGCGAGAGAGGACAUCUUGUUGGCGAAACUAAAGCACCACCAUCGCCAGCAAAGCUGCCGGAAGAAGCUAAAGCCGAAGGAAAUCCUAUCGUACAGCCAAAUGAGUCUGUAGACAAGGAGAACGCUAUGCUGCCGCCGCAGGGAUCGGCUUUGCCGCGCCGUGGCUCAGUGCCCAGCGCCGAAAACACACCUAAGAAUACUCCUAAAGCAAAACUGGGGAAUGAUGGUACGGAUGAGAUGUCUCCAGCAUCGAGAUAUAUAGCGAUGGCCCGACAGGGGUUACUCGGCGGAGACUCACAAGAGACGCCCAGUAGACUACAUGAAGUGAGGGACGAUGAUAAAAUAGAUAGCGCGGCAGUCCGCACGCCACCGCUAGAAGAUGCUCUCUCGACGCCGAACCUGCAAUUACUCAGCCCGACUACCCGCCGACGCCUGCAGGCGUUGCGGCGUGGUGACCUACCGUCCGAUCCCAUACGCACGCCUCGUGAUCCAUUCGACAAGAACCUUCCCACUCCAGAUAGCGCGUUUGGCGCCGCGCUCCGGCCCGGCUCGGGCAGGCUGUCGCCCGACGCGCGGAAACGACUGUGGAGGGUCGUCAAUGAAUUACCCUCAAAACAAGAACAGACUCCCACCAAUGUUAAUACUCCGCUGUCGGAGAUCCGUAACAGAUUCCUGGCGCAGUUCAACGGAGACGCGCCAUCGACUCCUUCUGACCAUCACCUCGCUCCGAGAAAAUUGCAUUUGCUGGACCAAGAGGACACACCGCCAGCCAAAAUGGCAAAAAUUUCGCAAGAUCAGUGUGCAGGUGGAGCCCUAAACUCGAGCCUGGCGGAGGACAAGCGGCCCGCCCCCGCGGCCGGCUCGCCCGCGGUCCCCCCGUCACUGGACGCACAGCUGCAGCGGCUCAACGCGGUGCUGGCGGGCCGGCUCAGCUCGCAGAAGCCGCGCCGCUCCACCAGGGACUCCGUCAGCCUCGCGCCGCCGCCCGCCCCAGAAUCCGAGCCGGGCCCGGAGUCUCAGCCCAACACAGUGGGGUGGGAUGAUACAUCGCCCGCGCGGCCACUGCAACCACCACAGUCGCAGAUCAAAAAGUUCAUGCUCUCUUCCAAUGUCGAUAAUCGCGAAGAAAUCAUCGAAAUGAUCCAGUACCUAGGCGGGGAGGUGUGCGAAGGUACCGAGCUGGACCCGGAGAUGACGCAUCUACUAUGCGCGGCACCAGGCCGCAGUGAGAAGAUGCUCGGCUCCAUAGCGGCAGGCCGCUGGGUGCUGCACCCCGCAUACGCGGCCAGGAGUCGGCAGGCGAACAAAUUUUUAGCGGAAGAAGAAUACGAAUGGGGCAAUCCUCUAGCCACGUGCCUUCCCGCGGUGUCGGGAGCGGAGCGCGUGCUGGCCGCGGCGGCGCACCGCUGGCGCUGCAGGCGAGCUGCUGGUGUUGGUGGCGGUGGCGGCCCCUUCACAGGCGUGGUGGCGCUGCUUCACGUGCCGCCGCCGCGCCGUCGUCUCCUCGCGAGACUCGUCUCUGCGGGCGAUGGACUCGCUCCCGAUGAUGAACCACCGUACAACAAUGACCGCAUAACAGUGUGCUUCGCUGAUGUCAAACGGUAUCCAAUCUCUGCACGCGACGCGCAGUGGCUGAAAUCAAGAAGGAUACCUGUCUGUGCCCCAGUGCUUCUGAGCUCUUACCUGACUGACGAUCCACCGCCGAAACCCGAAGAACACUGCCUACCCGAGUUUAAACUGUCUUAAAAGCGUGAAGGUGUGAAAUUUUAUGAACCACAUUUUAUGAUACCCGAAAUGAAAUGUGAAUGGAAAAACCAUUUGAAGGAUUCAAUUGGAGGGAAAUAUACUGGCAAAGGCAGUUUGAAGUGUGUGGGGAGUGGGAAAAUAACACCCAGUUCAAUUCAAACAUGGCUGAAGUUAGUCACAAGUUGCGUCGCAGUUAGCAAGAAAAUUUGUUGAAGUUGGCUUCAGCAGGCGAUUUUAAUUGUGUAAACAAUUACAGCUUAGCAAAAGGUAACUCCUUCAAAUUUUGAAACUUGCAUUACUUACAGCGAGUCGCAUGUAAAUAGAAUUAUAGUAUAAAAUUAGCUUUAGAGUGAAGUAUGAAACGUGUAGAGGGCGGUUAAAGUGACUAACUUCAUGCCAAAAAACGCGUGUCGUUUUAAAAAUAAUGAAUCUAACGAAUACUUAAGAGGGUAAUUUCUAUCUGGUAUUGCAGCAAAAGAUUUUAUUCAUGGAUUAUGCGGUAUUUUAACCUUUGAAAAUUACAUCUAUACAUAUUAUAAAACACAGUCCCCUUUUCUCUCUGUCUGUAUGUAAUCGAUUUUCCCAAAAUCUAGUGAACGGAUUUUUAUUAAAUUUGGUAUGGAGAUAGUUUCAGACCCUGGGAAGGUUAUAGGCUACUUUUUAUUCCGGGAAAAUAUAUAGCGGGACUUUUAUCUCGGAAAAUUCCAUCACGCGGGUGAAGCCGCGAGCAAGAGCUAGUAAUAUAUAUUUAUUUAAGUUUGAGUUAAUGAUGAACUGGCAUUGUUUAUGACCGUUACUCGAGAUAGCACAUAGUAAAAAAAAUGGGUUUAAUAUAAAUUUCUUUAAAACUAAAUUAGAGAUAAUGACAGUGCAUAAAAUGAAAUUUUUGUGAGAAAUUUACUCCCUUAUUCAUAGACGUUAUUUAUCUAAGGACGGAUCAUUCUGUGAUAACAAGUCUGUUUCUCAGUGCUGACGGCAUGGCAGCCUUCGCAUAGUGUAGAUAUAGGGCCGUUGUGAUUGGGUAAUAUUGCGAUACAACUUGAAUCUAAUUGGCUGUCAGAUAAACAAAGCUGAGAAACAGUCUUGUUAUCACAGCAAUGCUCCGUCCUUAGAUGAAUAACGUCUUAAGAAAAUGGCAUUAGAAUCUAGAUUUUUGAGUUAUGCCACUUUGCACUGACCGUAAUAUACGGACGGGUGCGAGACUGCACGAACAAAGUUGUAUAUCUCAAAAUUGUAUUAUUUCACACCUCUAGAUGUUAAUGAUAUUAUGUGUAAAACUGAGUUAUCAUAAAUAAAUAUUAGUUCCAGUAUUGAGUUUGAAUAAACAAUUAGAUAGGUAGCAUUAAAUAAAGCAAACAUCGUUGAGUAAUACAUAGUUACAAUAUUUUAUCUGUUUAUUCACAUGUCUGCAUUUAUCACAAUGACAUAUAAAACCAGAUGAAGUAAUUUAUUUAACUCUGUUUAUGGCGUUGUAUAUGUUUAUUGUUCUGCACUAUUUUAAUGACAAUAAAUUUAUAUUAAUUCAUUCUUAUCGUUA